CAGAAUGGCCUUCGUGCAGUCCCGCGUGAAUCGUCAUCCAAAGCUAUCGUGCAGCACCUACCUAGUUUACUACAGUUAGCGUCUUGGCUGACGCAAUCGCCCGACUUCCCGCGAACAUCUUUUCUGCGCUCUUCUGACUUAACCUCAUUCAAUCCCCAUUUCUCAGUGAAGAGUUUUCUGAACGAAACAUAACUGGAUUCCUGGUUUCGCCAAGCCCCCUCAAAACAGGACACGGAGCCUGCUGCACUCUCAACAAGUGACCCCUCCUCUGCCAUCAUUUCUCAAAAAGGCAACAAACUCGAGAGAAAGAAAUGCAUAUCACCAGCAGGUCAUCUGUGGAACUUGAACCAACCCGCAUGUCUCCAAAUAGCCAGGCCGACUUCAGCAUUAGCACUGCCAAGUGUGUUAUCAAUGUCUUCAAAUAUGGAUUCCAAUAUGGAUACAAUGAAUCCAUUCAACAAUUUAUUUGUUAUGGAUGAUCCCACAACUCCCCUCUACGUCCCUGUUUGCAAUUCCUUUGACCAGGAAUUCCAAUUGCAGGACAAUUAUCGCAUCAACAUGUUACCACAAAAUACUACACUAAAAUCCAGCGGCACAGCAGAAGCUAGCCCAAUAACUGCUCUUCCGUAUCAAUCACCUGACGAGCAGAUUGAGUUUCCACUAGAUCUGUUUGAUUACCUCGAGAAUGUUCCUUUUAAUAUUCAGGAACUGAUUGAAGAAGACAAUUAUGGCAAAGUUCUGUGCGAUACCGGAAAUUACCAAGAAAGCAGACGAAACCCGAAUUCAAACAUUUUGUCUGAUGAACUAUUAUCGACCCCAACUACUGAACUCGUUCAAGCCGAAAGUAUAACUGAAGCUAAAAACGAGGAUGCCGUUAUGAAUUUCGAAGAACAGUGCUAUAUUUCACCAUUUCCAACAUACCAAUUGGAAGAAAACAUCAAACGAGAGUCACUUUGUCUUAAUUUACCGUCAACCUUACAGCUCGCCAACAACUCUUCUAAAGAGGAUGUGACCACACCUGAGCUCAUCAACAUGCUUCUGGAGAGUGAAGAAACCAGUAAAAAGCAACAAAUUUCCGUCGACGUAAAACCUACAUUGGUUUACUCUGAGUUACCCCAAGUCCUUCAAGACAUUAGUAGUGACUCUGCAACUGAGUAUUCGCUACCUCCUACGCCUGUACCCCGGACUAGAACGAACACAAAACGUUCUAGUAAUCCUUCCAAAAACAGCGACCUUCGUCGCGUGAGGAACAACGAGGCGUCGAGGAAGUCGCGCCAAAACAGACGCAAGAAGCUACAAACCCAAGCCCAACUGGUGGAUGUGUUGGAGGAAGAAAAUCGACGUUUGACUAACCAAAUCAGAGAGUUUGAAACUUUAAAAGCGGAAAUGAUGAAGUAUAUGACGGGAAGAAUUAACACAACGACACCUCUCAACAACGGAACAUCUUCAUGAAUAUUUUCACUUUAAACACUUUAAAAAGUCCUAGUUCUACCAAAUUAUAGGCGUUUGGUAUCAUCCAAAGCUGCUGAGCAUCAUUCCAUCAUUUCUUUUGUUUUCGUUAAAGUUAAUUUACUAACUUAGCCUUUUUAAAAAUUAUGCGUGGCUCUAAUUGAGUUUGACAACAUUAUAUAACUCAAGACCUUACAAGCCUAGUUUACCUGUUUUUAUCAAUCAAGUGAAUUCAGAACAUUUUCAAAAUGUUGAACGCUCUCACUAUAAAAUUUGAGAGAUGUAUGCGACGUAAAUACACUUCCAUUUGGUUAAUCAGCAA